CCACUGUUGUGCUAAAUAUUUGAGUGGUGGUGGUAACGUGCAAAACAGGGUUAUGGAACACCUGCUAGUCUUUACUUGGGGCAACAAAACCCAUAUUGAGACACACGUCACGGAAGUAUAGCUGCCCGGAAAUAUUGCCUGAUUAAACAGACAGAAAUUUUAUUUUGAAAUAGUCGGUCACGCUGACACUAACUUUAAAUAUCUCACAUUAUGUUUCUGCGUUAAAAUCAAAGUUUAAAGUUUUUACUUUUACGCUUAUACAACGUUUAGUUGUGAUUUUGUUGUAUUGACGUGGGCAAACGGUCUGCAGGCGUCWUCGCGGCAACUAUUUAGUCAUUUUACAUACCAGAAAUCUUUCAACUGGAGUCAGCAGCUGAGAUGAUCCACAGCCUCUUCCUCAUUAACCACUCUGGAGACAUCUUCCUGGAGAAACACUGGAAGAGUGUCAUCAGCAGGAGUGUGUGCGAUUACUUUUUCGAGGCCAAGGAAAAGGCAGAGGAUCCAGAAAAUGUGCCCCCUGUCCUACAGACCCCGCACCACUAUCUCAUCUCUAUUUACAGGGGCAAACUCUUCUUCCUGUCAGUUGUCCAGACUGAAGUCCCUCCACUCUUUGUCAUUGAGUUCCUGCACAGAGUGGCAGACACAUUCCAGGAGUACUUUGGAGAAUGUUCAGAAAGUGUGAUCAAGGACAAUGUGGUAAUUGUUUAUGAGCUGUUGGAGGAGAUGCUGGACAACGGGUUUCCGCUGGCAACAGAGUCCAAUGUCCUCAAGGAAAUGAUUAGGCCCCCCACCAUCCUGCGGUCGGUCGUCAAUACGCUGACGGGAGGAAGUAAUGUUGGUGAUACUCUACCAACAGGACAGUUAUCUAUCAUUCCAUGGAGGCGGGCUGGAGUAAAAUACACAAAUAAUGAGGCUUAUUUUGAUGUGAUAGAGGAAAUUGAUGCAAUUGUGGACAAAUCUGGUACAACAGUGUUUGCUGAGAUCCAGGGUGUGAUUGAAGCCUGCGUCAGGCUCUCUGGGAUGCCUGAUCURACUCUGUCUUUUAUGAAUCCUCGUCUCCUGGACGACAUGAGUUUCCACCCGUGUGUGCGGUUUAAGCGCUGGGAAGCAGAGCGCGUCUUGUCUUUCAUCCCGCCGGAUGGGAACUUCCGACUCAUGUCGUAUCACGUCAGCUCUCAAAAUCUUGUAGCCAUUCCGGUGUACGUGAAGCAGAACAUCAGCUUCUUAGAGACGGGCUCUUGUGGUCGUCUUGAAAUCACGAUUGGACCGAAGCAGACCAUGGGGAAGAUGGUGGAAGCCUUGAUGGCCACGAUCCACAUGCCUAAAUCUGUGCUUAGUGUCAGUCUCACAGCCUCUCAAGGAAGCUACACGUAUGACAUAACCACCAAGAUACUGAUUUGGGACAUAGGGAGACUCAACCCCCAGAAGCUCCCGAACCUGCGAGGCAGUCUGAGUAUGCAGACAGGAGUCCCAAAACCAGAAGAGAACCCUUCAAUCAACAUAGAUCUGAAGAUACAGCAGCUGGCCAUCUCAGGUCUUAAAGUGAGCCGUCUUGACAUGUAUGGAGAGAAGUACAAACCCUUUAAAGGGGUCAAAUAUUUGACCAAAGCAGGAAAAUUCCAAGUGCGGACCUGAGAACUGGUGGGAAAUCAGGGAUCUAAUGUAUCAAGCAGAGGACAAGUUAGCACACUGCCCAGUUAGCUCUUGAAUAAGUCGCAUUAUUAUUACUAAUACCCCUGCGCACUAACAGCUAUUUAUUAUACCACGUUUGGCCUUUUAAUGACUGAAUAAUUGUGUGGCCUGUAAAGGGAAGACCAAUCUCGUUGAAGUGCUAUUACUUUCCAUUUAUAUCUAAAUAUUUAGCUUUAAAAAAGCACCUGGUUUGCCUCUCACUUGCACAAAAUUYCCUUCCUGUUGCCUGAAAUGAGUUACAAAUGCCUUUUGGAAAAUAAACCAAAACAAGAUCUUUUAAAGCAUUGCCUUCAGAAUAGCUGCAACGCAGUUAUUUCUGCGCACGCUUUAUUUAAUCUGGCAUCACAAGAGCAGUUKAAGGUGGUCUUUAAAGCACACACUGCAGCACAAGCUGCACGUUUGGGAGACUUGAGGGAAGGAAGCGUCUUUUAAUGUCAUCUGAUAUUGACGAUACAAGAUGAAUUUUGACAUAGGGAUGUUACGGUUACAAGUUAGGAAAUCAGGUAAUCUGUUGGCAGCAGCAUCUUCUGAAGCCUCACUUAUGRAACUUUUUUAGUCAGCACAGCACUUUCACAUUCAGUUUUCAAAAUGGGAAAAAUAUUAGUUAAAGCUUUUGUAUAAAGUUAAACCUGUAUGUAAGUUCAUAUCUUAUAAAAGCUUUAAAAUCCCGGGRAUGUGGUGUUUUUUUCCCUCUGUUUUGUAAUUAUUAUAGAUUUGUUUUGGUUAACAGAUCUGUUUAAAUUGGUUCAUUUUACUUCCAUAAUUAUGAUUUCUGAUACAACUUAAGACAAAUUGAGCUGAUGGACAUCUGACUCAAACUCAGUGAUUUGUAAUAGAAUUGCCUUAUCAAAUAUAACCAACUAUGCCAAAUAUAUACUGAUAAUUGAACAAAC